AUGAUUCCUCAAGACUGGUAUAAAUCAGAGAAAAACUAUAGAAAAGAGUCAGAAUCCCCUGUUAGAUAUGUGCAGAUGUUGAUUGAUAUGGAGAAUAUACCCCUUUUAGAUAGUAUUCUAGCUGCUGCAUUCUGUUGGAUUCUUCUAGCUGGGUAUUUGGUUUUCCCAGGUACUUUCACAUCACUACGAACAUCUGCAUCAUUCAAAACGACAGCCGAUGGCAAUGCGAUUGGACGAACAGCAUACCAUGCUGUUCAGAAUGUCUCUCUCCUCAGUAUUGCUUCAAUAUGCUGCUUCAUAGGCCUUUCUGGAGCAUGUUGGCUAUACUACCGUAAUCAGCACAAUUAUGUGUGGACUGCGCGCAAGAUAUUCCUGCCCAUCUUGAUUAAUUCGGCAACUGGCUUUUUUAAUACGUUGAUAAAUGUUUAUACAGCACAAGCCAAGACAUGGUCAGUAAUAGCUACUGUGACUGCCGCUAUAACAGGAUUUUUUGCGAUUUUCUCCGGGGCUUUGUUUAUCACCUACAAUAACGUUCUACUAGCUCGACUUCAGAGAGUCUUCAAUACAGAGAUGGAAAAGUGA